AUCGAUUGCGGCAGCGUCAGCGUAUCGGCGAUUCCAACCCUUCGACUAUACAAGCAAAGACGCAUUGAGUUGCCGUCUGCCCUUCUCCACAGCUCAGGUCGCCAUAUCGACAGCGCCGAGCGCAACGAACAUCUUUGUGCGCUCUCAAACCUCACACACCCACCAUGGCAACAAAAGCAGUGACCGAGGCCAUCACAGCCGCGCCUCUGGUGCAAAAAUACAUAACCUCGCAAAAGGUCGGCGUCGUCGUAUCCGCCGGAAAGAUGUCGCGCGCAGUCAAAGUCCGCAUUGCUGGCCAGGAAUGGAACAAGCUAUUCCGCAAGCACUUCCCCUCGCACAAGCACUACACCGUGUCGGACCCGAACAACUCCCUUGUCGAAGGAGACGUUGUCCGUAUCACUUCAGGCCACCGCACAAGCUCGACGAUUCGUCACGUUGUCACCGCGAUCAUUGCGCCGUUCGGCGAACCUGUGGAGAACAGACCGAAAGUGCUGAAUGCAGAGGAGCUGGAUAAGCUGAGGGUGCAAGAGCGAUUGAUGAAGGAUGUCCGCUCGGCAGACCGGGGGAGAAAGGUGAGCAAGAUGAGGCUGCAUGAGGCGAUGACGCAGCGUGUCAAGAUCCCCACGCUUGAAGAGGCUGUAGAGAAGCUACGAUUACAUCAGGAGAUGGAGAAGACACGAGCGGCAAAGGGCGGAAACCAGGCACACGCAGGGCAGGGAGGUCAGAGAGAGACCAAGCGCGACAGGAGGAAGGCAGAGAAGAUCAAGAACCGUACGGAGAGACAUGCUGCAGAGAGGGCUGCGAACGCGAAGAAGCAGGUUGUGUGAAUCCGGAGACGCGAGAAGUGAUGGUGUAUGAUAUCCUGUAUUUUCUGCAGAAGAUAAGACGAGCGUUAUUGUACCAUAACCUAGCACUUGCACGAUCUGGGAGUUCGUAUUCCUUGUAUUUGUAUUAUCGUCUUGAGCAAUGCAAUGAGCAGCUCGU